AUUCACUUCCCAUCUUCCGCUGUCCUCCUCUUGAAUGUAAUCAUAUUUCAACGUUAUACCAGCAAAAAUGGGAAGUUCGCCACUCUUCAGUACAAUAUCCUUCAAAGACCAGCGUUUGUGCCCUCCUCUUUCUUGUGUAACCAAGUGUAAAUAUGGAUAUGACAUUGAUAAAACUGGAUGUAAGAUCUGCACUUGUAAAGAAAAUGUGUAUUGCCAGCAGAUCACACCAUUCAACUGCCCUUUGACAUGCAAUGAUGGAUAUGCAACUGAUGUUCAUGGAUGUGAUAUCUGCAUGUGCAAAAUACAAAAAUCAGCAUGUAAUGACACCUGCCUCUCUCCCAUGAUGCAUUGUGCCUUUGGCCUAGCAACAGAUCACCUUGGCUGUGAGAUAUGCUCUUGUAAAAUGCCAGUUGCCAGUGGGUUAAUCCUUGCACCUGACACCAAGCCCAAGGAUUGUGUGGCUCUCUCUACCCAGUCAUGUGACUUAACAUGUGAUCAUGGCUACAGAACAGACCAACAUGGAUGUGAGAUAUGUCAGUGUAUGAAUCAAUCAGAUGCGUGUCCAUCUAUGGUCAGUUGCAGACUCAAAUCUAGAUGUCCAUAUGGACUGGCCUCAGAUCAACAUGGCUGUCCAAAAUGUGCAUGUAAACAUCCAGGUGUAUGUGACCCACUUCCAUCUUAUUGUGAUCUUGAGUGUGAACUGGGUUAUUCAACGGAUAAGUUUGGGUGUGAACAAUGCCUGUGCAAGAAAGCUAAAGACUGCCCUGAUCUUCAAACCUGCCCAUUGACCUGUCCUUUUGGACUAGCCACCUGCCCUUGUCGGUGCGAGAUCUGCAAGUGCAAGCUUCCAAAUUCGUACACGCUUCAUGUUCUCUCCGACCUGACUGCUGUCCCCAUCUGGAAUGAAUCCAAAGAGAUUGAAAUCUCUAAUAGUGUUGUGUGUCCUGAGCUGAACUGUCUUGAAGCUUGCCACUUUGGUUAUGCAGUAGAUCCCAUCAGUGGAUGUCAGUCCUGCCACUGCAAAACCAGGUUGCGAUGCCCAUCCCUCCUUGAACCGAUGGUUGCCAUGGAAACACAAUGCGAGUCCAAUGCUGAUUGCAGGAACCCUCAUCAGCUAUGUUGUUUUACCGGUACUCGUUUCAUGUGCAUGGAUGCACUAGAUGACAGUUGUACAGAUGACUAUGGCAGAGUCCACAGCCAUGGAGAGGUGUGGAACGAGGAAUGUGACACGCAGUGUAGCUGUUUCCAUGGUAACAUUAGACACACACAUUUCCAGAUCCAAUCCAUUCCUGAGGGUUGCCAGUAUGAAGUCACACCCGGUCAUUGUUACUACAGCUACACAUGUGUGAAUGGCACAUGCCAGGACACAGAAAACUCCUGGUCUAUUGAUGAAUGCACUCAGUGCUCUUGUCGCUUAGAUGAUGUUACCCCUGUCUGUACCCGCCUUCCUUGCCCAAAGGUUCCCAAAGGAUGUCACGUAGCUGCAGUAGAGGAUUCAUGCUGCCCUGAUAUUGUUUGUCCAGGCUGCAGAGAUGCUGGAGGUCACCUGAAGGUUGAAGGUCAGAUGUGGAAUGACAACCUUUGUACCUCUUGUGUCUGUGAGGAAGGUCAAAGGUCGUGUCGCAGGAUGACCUGUGAGAUCCCUCGUCCUGAAUGCCAACAAAUAUAUCUGCCCAAUCAAUGUUGUCCUAAAACCAUUUGCCCUGGAGAUUUCAAGAGACCUUGUGAGGCAAUACGCUCCCUGAGGAAUCCCUUGCAGCUCCUGGAUGAUAGCCCCACUCGCCAACCUGGACCUUACAUCCCUUCCUGUGUCCCCGAGAGCGGUUACUUCAACGCUACCCAGUGCUACCCUGCUGAAGGUCUCUGCUGGUGUGCAGAUCACCUUGGUACAGAGGUUCCCGGAACUAGGACAAGAAAUGGCAUUCCAAAUUGCAGGGAUUAUGGAUGUGUGGACCUCCAGGGAAACUAUCAUCGUGAGAACGACACCUGGAACCGUGAUCAAUGCACCACAUGCCAGUGCAUCCAAGGCAUACUGGUCUGCAGGGGUCCCCGGUGUAGGAGCCCUCCCAGGGGAUGUGAUGUGUUUGAAGAAAGGGAGAACUGUGAAUGUCCACGGUUCAUCUGCACUGGUUUCUGCUUUGAUGAUCGUCACAGCAUCAGACGUAUUGGUGAGUUGUGGCACACAGCCGACUGCACAAGAAGCUGUGAGUGUGGAACGAAUGGUGUGAUAACUUGUCAAGACAUAGCGUGUCAAGAACCUCUGUUGAUUCCCGAUGGCUGCUUCCACAAGAAACGAUCACCCGAUGAUUGCUGCCCCUCUGUAGUUGUCUGCCAUGAUGACUUGUCAAGCUGCCCAGCAGGUACACCAGUGGCCAGUUGCUUCUCUGAUCCAUGCCUGGAUGCUACCUGCUAUACCCAUCCCAAUGCCAUCUGCCAUGCCAAUUUCUGUGGUGGCUGCAGGGCAAUCUUCUACGAUGAUCAGAACACGGGUCCAAUACAAUGUAGAAGACAAGCUGACUCUCCGUACAGAGUUCAGCAGUAUGGGACUCAUAACAUCAGCUGCCAUGCAUUGCUGGAACAGACAACUCCCAGUGACACAGCAUAUUACCCUCGAUGCACUGGACACGACACCUAUUCAGCAAAGCAAUGUGAUUCCCUCGGCUCAUGUUGGUGUGUAAACCCAGAUGGAGUGCACAUAGCUGACAAUGGGAUGGCAGCAGAUAGUACCGAGUUAUGUAUCGCAGCCCCCUGUCGUCAGGAGCUUGAAUCCAACCGGGAAAAGUUUGAACUGGGCCAAACUGUGACCUCUAACCCUUCAUGUGACCUCCAGGGCAUGUACAUACCUCAGCAGUGCACCAUAGACGGUGCCCAGUGUUGGUGCACUGAACCAGAUGGUACGAUGAUACCCAACACCAAGACGCAGAGUGGAGGAUCUGUCACCUGCUUGGCAGCUUGUGGCAACAGACAGGCACUAACCACCCAGUCGUGUAACUCGGUUAUUCCAUGCCCUCCCAAUUACACCUGUAACUUCAUGACACCUUCCAACCAUGGAGUCUGCUGUCGUCCUUCAUAAGAUCUAUGAAAAAUCCCAGUCAACGAUCAACUUGAUGUCUCAUUUCCUUGGAGUGGGAACUUUAUCUUAGUUUGUUCAGAUAUACAUAGACUCUGUUGCAACAAGAAAGGACUGUUUUUGUCUGUGGAAUACUUUGUUAGCACAAAAUGUAUGGUUUUUUUUCCUAUUCUACACUUAUUAUGAGUGACCUCAUUUUGUAAUAUUCUCAGAAGUGUAGCCUAUAUUUGUAUGAUAUACAUACCACAUUAUUGUACUUUUCUUUGUACAUAGCAAUGUCAGCAAAAUACCAAGAAGUUUCAGCAGUAUAAUUAGCGAUAAGGAAACUUCUCAAGUAGAUCAUUGAGCUAAAUAUAUACGUAUGUCAUGCUAAUACACUUCAGGAAAAUACAAGGUAUUGUAAUUUGAACAAGGAGAAUAUAUUUGCGAUGUUGGGUCUGGUCUUCCUUAAUAGUGGAUGAAAAAAUAGUCAGUCCUGCCAGGAGUUAUUCACUGACAGCAAAAAUCAAUUAUAAACAGCUCUAGACCAAUCAAAUCUCUUGGAAUUGGUUGUUUCUCUCUUAAAACUGAUAUCAGCUGGAAAUCAAAACUGACAACCUGAUUUUAACAUAGUGAAGUGAAUUCUAUAAUUCCUUUUAUUUCUUUUUUCCCCAAUCUGCCCAAGCCAAGUUUUUUUUUUCCCUCAAACUUUCUUCCUGCAGAUCACUUGAAAUAUUUCCAAGAAGUAUGAAAUGAAAAUGUUCAGACACAAUUUUCCAACGUUUCCAUCAUGUCGGUCACUUUAUUACUGCAUUACAUUAAUGCACACAGGUCGUCAAGAAUUCAGCUUCUUUCCUAUGCACUUUAACACUUGUUAAGGUUAUAAUGAAGUAAAGGUUAAAAGAUGAAAGAUUAAACCUUUUAGGAAAUCCCAGUGUACACUGACGAGGAGAAAUUGUCAGAAACAAGUGCUUGUUUAUUUGAGUUUUUGAUCAUUUUUCAGCUGGUUUCUUGGUGUACCUUGCUAGAUUUAUAAGGGUUUCAGGGGGUAUCACACUGAGUGGAGAAUGGUUGCAAAUGUAGCAAUUUUCGUAUUUUUCCACGUUUCAAAAAGUUGCAAACAGGUUUUCCUUUGCAAAUCACAUUUCCUUCAAACUCUAGCUAUUGUUUGCAAAAUGGUUGUAAGCCUUUCAAAACGGGUGUAAGACAAUGUCACUGAAAUUCUUUUUGAUUCGCUAAUGCUUGCAACAUUACCACAUGACCCUUUUAUAAAAUCGACCUACUAAGCAAAUGUGCUUCAAAUGUUUGUGUACUUGCUAUUUAGUAGCUCUUCAUGUUGCAAAGAAAUGUUUGCAAAUGUUUGCAACACUAAUCAGAAAAGAUGGCAAAUCCAAAACCACUACAACUGCAAGCAUUCAUUUGUCCUUGUGAAAUAUUCCAACAUUCUUUGUAAAGUCCCUUCUAUUGCAUGAACAACAAAUACUUUCAUAUCAUAAAUUACUUGAAAUUCAGUUUGAUUUCAUCACCUUGUUAUUCUUGGAGAGUUCUUGAGAUAUUUAUAACAAGCUUUGUAUGGACAAAUAAGCCUGAAAAUGAAAUUCAGAAUUGGCUGAAAUCAGCAUUAUUAUAGAUGUACAUGUAUGUAAUAGCCUGUACUUGCCUUUCUUUUGUAUUUACCAGUUGAUUGUACUUGCCAUUUUUUAUGAACAUACGAGUAACUCAAAUAAAGUUGCCAACUAUGGUAUG